GUUUGACUGAAUCUGAGGGAGUCUCUCGUGGUUCCGUGUGCUGCUUUUUCAACCCCUGCUGGGAGCCUUGAGGAGAGCGGGCGGGCUGGGACUCCGCGCCAUGGCCGCAGUGAGCUAUGAGGAUGUGCAUGUGAAUUUCACUCAUGAAGAGUGGGCUUUGCUGGAUCCUUCCCAGAAGAGUCUCUAUAAGGAUGUGAUGCUGGAAACCUGCAGGAACCUCACUGCCGUAGGGUACAGAUUGGAAGACCACAAUAUUGAAGAACACUGUCAAAGUUCUGGAAGACAUGGGAGAUACAACAUCUGUAAUUGUGGAUACAAGCCCUGUGAGAAUAAGGGCCAUGGAAGGAAACAAUGUACUUUCGUAUGUAACAGUUUUCUUCAAACAUAUGAAAGAAUCCGUUCUGAAGAGAAACCCUAUGAACGUAAUCAAUACAGUAAAGCCUUUGCAAAUUUCCAUAGUCUUCCGCAACAUGCAACAACUCAUCCUAGAGAAAAACCAUAUAAAUGUAAUCACUGUGGUAAAGCCUUUGUAAGUCCCAGUUCUCUUCAAAUACAUCAGAGAACACAUAUGGGUGAGAAACUUUGUAACUGCAGAGAAUGUGGUAAAACCUUUGUAAGUCGCAGUUCUCAGAUACACCAAAGAACUGAUACUGGAGAGAAACCUUAUGCGUGUUCGAAGUGUGGUGAAGCCUUUGAAAAUGCCAGUAAAAAUCAAAAUCAUAAUAAACAUCACACUCUGGAGAAACUCUUUGAGUGUAGUCAAUGUGGGAAAGCCUUUGCAAGUCGCAGUUAUAUUCCAGUACACAAAAGAGUUCACAUUGGAGAGAAACCGUAUGAAUGUACUCAAUGUGGUAAAGCCUUUACAAGCCGCAGUUAUCUCAAAAUACAUAGAAGCAUUCAUACUGGAGAGAAACCAUAUGAGUGUAAUCAAUGUGGUAAAGCCUUUGCAAAUUUCUAUAGUCUUCGACAACAUGAAAAAUAUCAUACUAGAGAAAAGCCUUAUGAAUGUAGUCAUUGUGGUAAAGCCUUUCCAAGUCCCAGUUCUCUUCAAGUACAUGAAAGAACUCAUACUGGAGAAAAACCCUAUGAGUGCAAUGAAUGUGGUAAAGCAUUUAUAAGUCACAGUUCUCUUCAGAUACACAAAAGGGUUCAUACUGGAGAGAAACCAUAUGAAUGUACUCUGUGUGGAAAAGCCUUUGUAAAUCGAAGUUAUCUUGAAGUACACAAAAGAAUUCAUACUGGAGAAAAACCGUAUGAAUGUAAUCAGUGCAGUAAAGCCUUUGCAAAUUUUCGUAGUCUUCAACAACAUGAAAAAAACCAUACUAGAGAAAAACCCUAUGAGUGUAGUCAAUGCAGUAAAGCCUUUGUAAGUCCUUGUCAUCUUCAAAUACACCAAAGAACUCAUACAGGUGAGAAACCCUAUGAUUGCAGUGAAUGUGGCAAAGCGUUUACACGUCUCAGUAAUCUUCAAGUACACAAAAGAACUCACACGGGACAGAAACCCUAUUGUUGCAGUGAAUGUGGUAAAGCAUUUCCAUGUCUCAGUAAUCUUCAAAUACACGAAAGAAUUCACACUGGAGAGAAACCCUAUGAAUGUAAUCAGUGUGGUAAAGCCUUUGCAAGUCGUGCUAGUCUUCAGUACCAUGAAAAACAUCACACUGGAGAGAAACCAUAUGAAUGUAAUCAGUGUGGUAAAACCUUUGUAAGUCCCAGUCAUCUUCAAAUACACCAAAGAACUCACACGGGUGAGAAACCCUAUGAAUGUAAUCAGUGUGGUAAAGCGUUUGCACGUCGCAGUAAUCUUCAAAUACAUGAAAGAACCCACACUGGAGAGAAACCCUAUGAAUGUAAUCAGUGUGGUAAAGCCUUUGCAAGUCGUGCUAGUCUUCAGUACCAUGAAAAACAUCAUACUGGAGAGAAACCAUAUGGAUGUACUCAAUGUGGUAAAGGCUUUGCACUUCGCAGUCUUCUUCAAGUACACGAAAGAACUCACACUGGAGAGAAACCCUAUGAAUGUACUCAGUGUGGUAAAGCCUUUGUAAGUCGUAGUUAUCUUCAAAUACACAAAAGAGCUCAUGCAGGAGAAAAACGGUAUGAAUGUAUUCAAUGUGGAAAAGGCUUUGUAUAUCUCACUAGUCUUUGUAGUCACAAAAAAUCUUGUGCUGGAGAGAAAUCCUAUGGCAGGACUUGAUACAAAGAUGAAUAGGACCCUGAGAAGCCUAAGGCAGCAGACCUGCUUCUGGACCUGUGCAGUGUUACCUUGUAGCGCAUUGUCUACUCUCCCCAGAGUUAGUAGUUACAUGUCUAUUAGAGCAGAAUAUGUCCAUGCCGGCCGAGCGUGGAGAGAUGACCGUUCUUCUAUGGUUGUAGUAGAGACGUCUGUUCUAGAGUCAAUCUCAUCAAGUUUCUUACAUUUAAAUCCAUUAAUGUUUUAUGAUUCUCCUUCAAUAAAGUUAAAGUUACA